AUGAUCCAUGCAGUACUGCAGCUGCGCCGCCACGCAACUUUUCAGAAUUCUUCCCUUUCACGGAGAAAAGAAAGCAUCCCGCACUUCGACCACCAUCACUCCAACAUCCCGCACUUCAACCACCAUCACUCCAACAUCCCGCACUUCGACCACCAUCACUCCAGCAUCCCGCACUUCGACCACCAUCACUCCAGCAUCCCGCACUUCGACCACAAUCCCUCCAACAUCCCGCACCUCAACCACCAUCACUCCAACCUCCCACACUUCAACCACCAUCACUCCAACAUCCCUGACUUCGACCACCAUCACUCCAACAUCCCGCACUUCAACCACCAUCACUCCAGCAUCCCGCACUUCGACCACCAUCACUCCAACAUCCCGCACUUCAACCACCAUCACUCCAACAUCCCGCACUUCGACCACCAUCACUCCAGCAUCCCGCACUUCGACCACCAUCACUCCAGCAUCCCGCACUUCGACCACAAUCCCUCCAACAUCCCGCACCUCAACCACCAUCACUCCAACCUCCCACACUUCAACCACCAUCACUCCAACAUCCCUGACUUCGACCACCAUCACUCCAACAUCCCGCACUUCAACCACCAUCACUCCAGCAUCCCGCACUUCGACCACCAUCACUCCAACAUCCCGCACUUCAACCACCAUCACUCCAACAUCCCGCACUUCGACCACCAUCACUCCAGCAUCCCGCACUUCGACCACCAUCACUCCAGCAUCCCGCACUUCGACCACAAUCCCUCCAACAUCCCGCACCUCAACCACCAUCACUCCAACCUCCCACACUUCAACCACCAUCACUCCAACAUCCCUGACUUCGACCACCAUCACUCCAACAUCCCUGACUUCGACCACCAUCACUCCAGCAUCCCGCACUUCAACCACCAUCACUCCAGCAUCCCGCACUUCGACCACCAUCACUCCAGCAUCCCGCACUUCAACCACAAUCCCUCCAACAUCCCUGACUUCGACCACCAUCACUCCAACAUCCCGGACUUCGACCACCAUCACUCCAACAUCCCACACUUCAACCACCAUCACUCCAACAUCCCUGACUUCGACCACCAUCACUCCAACAUCCCGCACUUCGACCACCAUCACUCCAACAUCCCGCACUUCGACCACCAUCACUCCAACAUCCCGCACUUCAACCACCAUCCCCCUUACCACCCGCACUUCAACAACCAUCUCUUCAAUAACCCGCACUUCGACCACCAUUGA